AUGGGUGGUGCCGUGAGUUCCGGCCGCGACAACAAUGAGUUAAUCGACAAUUUGAUGAGCGGGAAUUAUAUCCGCACAAAACAAGUGGAGAGGGUCCUCCGGGCGCUGGACCGAGCUGAGUACAUGACGCCGGAGGCACGGGACGAGGCGUACAAGGACCUCGCCUGGCGGAAUGGACCUCUGCAUUUGUCAUCGCCUUGUAUUUAUAGUGAGGUGAUGGAGGGGUUAGAGCUGAAACCCGGCCUGUCCUUCCUGAACAUCGGCUCUGGGACGGGAUACCUCAGCACCAUGGCCGGCCUCAUCCUUGGUACAUCUGGCAUUAGCCACGGUGUGGAGGUGCAUCCAGCUGUAUAUGAGUAUGCAGUGAAGAAAUUGAGCCAGUUCAUUGAAAACUCUCCUGUUCUGGACGAUUUUGACUUUUGUGAACCAAGGUUUUAUCUUGGUAACGGGCUGUGCCUGAGUCCAUUGUCCGGUUGUUAUGACCGAGUGUACUGCGGCGCUGCUUGCACAGAGGAGUAUGAGAAUUACUUCAAAAGGCUUAUAAAGGUGGGAGGGAUCCUGGUGAUGCCGUUGAACGACACGCUGCAACACGUGCGGCGCGUGGGCGAGAACCAGUGGGUGACGCGCAACAUGCUCAACGUAUCGUUCGCGACUCUACGCGCACCCAGCCGCGAAGAGAGUGCCCAACUGCUAACGCUUGACAAGCAGACCCCGGUGCGACUGCAGCUGCUGGCGCGCGCGGUGGUGCGCACGGCCAUGCGCGGCGGCGUGCUGCGGCGGCACCCCGAGCUGCGCGAGGCGCCGCGCGCGCCGCCGCCCGCCGCCUGCCCGCGCCGCAUCUGCAUCCCCAUCGAGCCGGGCGGCGCCGUCGAGGGAUUGAACGUACUCCACGAUCUGGACAGCGAGAACGGUGCGAACGAAAUGAACGCACUGCUGAGCCUCGUCAUCAGCAUGGGACACAACCGGGUGGCUGGCGCGUUGCGCUUCGACCGUGUUGAGGACACGCCCUCCGAUUCUGAAGACGAAGACAACGACGACAACGACGACGACAACGACAGACCGGAGAGAGACUCACGAACUGACAGAUCAGAGACGGACUCUCGGGACAAUAGAGACGACAGAGACUCACGAGGCGAUAGGUCGGAGAUCGAAUCGAGGGGUGAUAGGUCUGAGACGGAGUCACGGGACGAAAGGUCUGAGACAGAUUCGCGUGACGAGAGACUAGACAGCUCACGAGACGAGGACCAGUACGAGAGGGACACAGAGAACAAGCAUGAGCGAGGUUCAGACAAACCAAACAGAGCCUCUCGAGUCAGCAGAGAUUCGGAAGACGACAGGCGGCCGAGGCGCGAGAGUAAAGGCAAAGAAGACAGUCGUCAAAGUAAGCGUCAGAGGCGGACGCGAGGCGACGGGCCCGACGAUCUAGAACUCUUCCCGCCCUGUCGGGAGCUCCUGUCCUACCGGCCGGACGAGCCCUCCACGUCCAGUAAGGGCUCACAGAGGGCGAGCGGAGAAUCCACCGAGAGGUCCGAACAGUCCUCAUCUAAGGAUAAUAAUGCAAAUUCUAGCAAGGAAACCAAAGGCACGGUACCUCCGGGUGUACCAUCAGAAGUUGAAAUCGACUUGGGUGCAAAGAUAGCGGCCCAGGAGGCCAGCACAUCUCAGAUGGACUGGGACGAGAACCAGUCGGACACCCUGGAGGUUAGCGAGGAUGACACAGAGAAUACAAAGAGCAAGGCCAAGAGACAGAAGCUGGACAGCGGGAUAGGAGAAGAGGCUACGCCGAGCAGCUCGUCUCCGGACAAAUCCAAGACUGAGUCAGACAGUGAUCAGUCUUACACUACCACAGAUGAUGCGGCGUCUCUAAACAGUGCGCGCUCGGAGGAGGAGUGCCCGGAGCUGCGCGCGCACGCGGCGCGGCGGCGGCGGCGCGUGGCGCGCGGCGGGGACGCGCGCCGCGUGCGCCUGUCGCUGCUCAUGAAGCAGGCCGUGCGCGAGCUGCCGCUGCCGCACGCGCUCAAGAAAUUCGUGAACCUGGGUCGCUGUUUCGAGUUCUAAGUACACCACAAUCGUAUGAAUAAACCGACCAUUAUGUGUCAUAAUAAUAUAGUUAUUUUAUCUCGUACCGGUCGGGGAGGAUGGGGCUUUUGUGUAUGCAAAGCCCGCUCGGAAGGAAUCGUAAGGACUGAUUAAUACUUAUAUAUUGUCUGUUAUUAGUAAACUCCAGCGAUAAACGUGUCGUCUCUUUCACUAUCAUGGAGUUAUCUAUGUUAGAAAGAGACAACACGAGGUGUUAGUUUCGAGUUUAUUGAUAAUAAAAUGUAUGUUCAUUAUAGCGUGGUUAAGACUCAUCGGAGUUAUUAAAUAAGCGAACGUA